AUGCCUGAAGCAAUAACUCAACCGUCCUCCAACGGCGGCAAGGACCAGCCGUGGAAACUCUUCUGGCCCCCCACGGCCUCUGCCGAUACCAACACCGACACCAACACCGGUGCAGAUGAGAAGCCCUGGCUGAACUGGAAGCCCGAUCCGAACAAGCCCGACGAGAAACCCUGGAUUCAAUGGGUCAACGACGAGAAAUUCAACGGCGCCCGGGGACGGCAGCAGGAACGGAAGCGCAGCGGCGGCGGCGAUGCCGCUCUUCGCAUUCCCUGUCCUAGAGGUACGGUUGCUGAGGGUGGCUAA